AUGGUCCUCCGUGUCGACGGUGCAUUAAAAAAAAAACUCACCAAUUGCAUCCGCUACCACAAUAGUUCGCCUGUCACAUUUAAUCAAGGUAUUGCUGUAAAAUUAUCUGUUCGACUUUUGCCUAACUACUCUAACAUAAAAUUUUCAUCAUAUAUAGACACUAGAACUUCGAUGGGGUUUUUUAUGCAGAAUACUCAAAGCAUUAUUUCUGAGGAGGAUAGACAAACUUUUACGACUUCGACUCAGCCAAUUUCUACUAAUGAGCAGAUCCACAACGUUAAAGAUUAUUAUGACUCUAUCCGUUCUAUGUCGACCGCCUCUGAUGAUAUUGGGGUCUCUGGUCCAAUAAUUAAUAAUCAGACGGAUUUUGACAGUGAAAUAAUAAGCGCUAAUGUGAAUCCUAUGUCCCAACCACUUUUAUGCAGUAGUCAGAUCGCGUUUUUAGUCAUACUACCGAAUUUCCCAUAG